GCCGUUGGGUUCCAGUACACCAGGGAGUCCCCAAGGAAAGCGAGGGAACCGAGGCCGGGACUGCGGUGGUGAAGGUCCGGGCGGCUGGGUCGGGAGGACAGACGGGCGCGGGCCAUGGACAGGAAUGACGCCAUCGACUUCAAGGCUUUGGAGAAGGAGCUGCAGGCAGCGCUCGCAGCUGAUGAGAAGUACAAGCGGGAGAACGCGGCCAAGUUGCGGGCAGUGGAGCAGAGGGUGCCUUCCUAUGAGCAGUUCAGGGCUAUUGUCCUCGCGUCACAUCUGAGGCCGCUGGAGCGGAAGGACAAGGCGGGAGGAAAGAGAAGCGUGCCCUGGAACUGUCACUCCGGCCAGGGAAAGGCUUCCCACGACGUGACCCCUGAAGCCCUCCAGGAGGAAGCUGCCGUCCGGCCCACGACCUCAGCAGAGUUCUACCGCAACUGGCGUCGCCACCUGCAGAAUGGACCUGAGCGCUACCAGGCCCUGCUGCAGCUCGGGGGCCCAGAGCUGGGCCACCUGUUCCAGGUGGAUGUGGGAUUUGGGCUUCUAGGGGAGUUUCUGGUGGCCCUGGCCGAUCAGGUGAAGCCGACAGACCGUGCGGCAGUGCUGGGGAUCCUGCACAGCCUGGCCAGCACGGGACGCUUCCCCUUGAACCUGAGCCUGUUGAGCGCUGCAGAGCGAGAGAGCUGCAGACGCUUGUUCCAGAAGCUGCAGGCCAUGGGCGCGCCUAGAGCCGCGAAGGAGGGGCUCAGGCAGGAGGAGCAAGGCCCGGGGCUGCAGUUGGAGGAGGAGCUCCUGCAACACCUGCGAGGGCUCUAUGGGGUGGACGGGUAGGACCAGCUCCCCUCAGAGGCCUCCGAGGGCUGUACGGGGUGGACGGGUAGGACCAGCUCCCCUCAGAGGCCUCUGAGGGCUGUACGGGGUGGAUGGAUAGGACCAGCUCCCCUCAGAGGCCUCCGAGGGCUGUACGGGGUGGAUGGGUAGGACCAGCUCCCCCUCAGAGGCCUCCGAGGGCUGUACGGGGUGGACGGGUAGGACCAGCUCCCCUCAGAGGCCUCCGAGGGCUGUACGGGGUGGAUGGGUAGGACCAGCUCCCCUCAGAGGCCUCCGAGGGCUGUACGGGGUGGACGGGUAGGACCAGCUCCCCUCAGAGGCCUCCGAGGGCUGUACGGGGUGGAUGGGUAGGACCAGCUCCCCUCAGAGGCCCCCCAUGGUCUCUGGAGGCACUUGGGGGUGUCACCUUCGGGUCUCUACAGGACUGCCAUGAGAAAGCCACACCUGCCCACCUUCUCAAUGUGGAGUUUUUAGAGCAAAAGCAGGAACUGAGCCUCCCCCUCCUCUCUAGCCGCUCCAGCCACGGGACAGUCAGGGGCCCAAGAAGUUGAAAGCGGUUUUGCUUCCCAGACUUGUGCCAAGUCUCUAGCCUACAGGCCCUAAACAAUAAGUACGUGUCCAGCCAAACGCUGGGCGCGCCAGUUACAGCCUCCACUCAGAGGAAGGAAAAAGCAAACUUCAUCGUCUUCUCCGGGAGGUAGGCACGGACUUCCACAGUACUUAACGAGACUGCUUACAACCAGUUCCAGUGAGUGCCCACUGACCCAACGACGAUCAAAUGCUCUAGUGUUCCCCUAGGGACCAAGGCCUGGGAGUGGGCCUGGGCAAGCCCCAGGCCAUCAGCACAGGUCCGGCCAGCUUCCCUGGUGGGGGGAGGUGGGCUCCCUCGGUGUCCCCGACUGAGAGAAGGGAAGAGUUUUCCACGAGGCAGCCAUGCAGAACCUGGAGUGGGGAGGCCCUGCCCGGGCGCCUGGGCCCCUCUCAUUCCGGCCACCCUGGACCCAUUCUUGGGUGAGUGCCAGGGUUCUAGAAUGGCCUUCCCUGGAGCUCACGCCUGGAACACUGGAAGGGCAUCUUGUACACAGCUGGGAAUAAACCGCCUUGCUUCUGGCUGCUUCCUCUCUAGCGCCUCCUCUUCUUCCAGCCGCUGACUCCUUUUCUCCUACAGAGAACUUUGGGCAGAGGUUUUGUUUUCCUGGAAGCCACUCGGGCCUUCAGUGCCUCAGC